GUGCCGCCGCCAAAUGUGACAAAACAAACACCGGCACGCCGUUCAAAACGUGUGCAAACUGUACCGUCUAUCGCUCGUCCUUUAGUAUCUGAACCACCGCCAAGUCGGCCAGUUUUGAGACCAGCCAUGCGAGACGAACCAUCCACUUCACGUGGUUUGACCUCUACGCCACGGCCGUCAUCUUCACGUUUCACACAACAACCACCAGCACGCCGUUCAAAUCGUAUACAAACGGCACCGUCUGUCGCUCGUUCGUUAGUUCAAAGUCCGGCCAUUCCAUCGACAUCGGCUGCACCGGCUGGAGCACCAUUACAACCGCUCCGCAAUGAACGAGUGUGUCGCCGCAAAGGUGAACAAUCGGAUCCGAACCAAGAGACAUUCACCAUCAAAAUGUCUUUGCGGACAUUUUUGAGAAACGGUCCGAAUGAUCCAACUCGUAUUGGUGGUAAACUGACAACGCCAACAAUAGAGAUAGUGAUAUGAAACGCCGAUUAAUGGCAAUCAUUCAUAAUGCUGUGAUUGAGAUGUCCGACUUGACGCGAUUAUCGGCAUACUAUGUGCACAACGAAUUGAAUCGUUUGGUCGAUAGCAACAACGAUGCAGCAAUCCGUGCAGAGUUUUUGGCGCCUUUUGAUGCACACAAAUAUUUUUUCACCCUAAAACAUUGCCAAGCUAACGUCAAUUGUCCAUUAAAUCCAGUGUUUGCACAAUAUCUAAGGAAUAAGAACAUUCCAGUUCAGCCAGACAUUCACAACUUAACUCACCCGAUUAGCUUUGCUUACCAACAGUCCGCCACAAACAUGUGCAAUAACACAAAUAUGCAUGGCAACGAUCACAUUCGCAAUUAUUUCAAGCGCAAAAACAUUAUGGAACAGGAGAUUGAUGUGUUGAUGGACUAUUUGCAAUACGAAGAUUCGGAAGUCGAGCUGUAUGACGGCACUCGCGCGCAUUUAACCGAAUACUACAAUGAGCUGCAUCCAUUGUUGCCACUCGACCGUAUUGCUCUCUACGAAAAUGAUCCUGAAAAUGUUGUGUUCCAAGACGACCAUCUCAUUACACGUGGCUGGUUGUGGACUACAACAGACGAUACCAAGUACUAUAAACACGUGCACGAGCUGAUCCAUUUACAGCGUUGGAUUCAACAGCACAAUGUGGUCAAUCCAAAUGAGCAGUGGCGGUCGUUUCGUGCCAUUCCGCAAUCGAAGAACAAACGCAAACAUGUUCAAUUCGAUACGGAAGGUUUUAUCAACAUCACAAAUUUAUUGUAUGCCCGCAGAGAAGAUAAAGUAAGAAGAAAUGACAAACCAAAUUGGGAUAACAAUGAUUACGAUGCAUUUUGGAAUCGGUAUGUAAAUUUGCGGAAAAUAAAUCGUAACGGAGAAAUUUUCGGCAACUAUUUUACGACCGACGGUGUGACAGCAUGCCUGAGAAUGAUUCGUCGAAACCGUGAUACGAGUGCACCGACCAAAACGAGUAAAAAAAAGAAUAAGAAGAAAAAGGGCAAGGAACGGUAUGAGAAGAAAGAACCACCAAAAUGUUAGGAAGACAUUAAAGCUGCGUUUCGAGCUGGUCAAAUCACAAAGAUCAUUGGAGAUGAUCCGGGCGCCAAAGUAUCACGAUCGACAACAAGCCGUGAUCUGAAGAGUACACUCGAAUGGAGCUAUAAAUUGACAGCGAAACAGUGGUAUGCCAAAUCGGGUGCACGUAAUCGCAAGCACAGAUUGAGACGAUACACGGACGUUUUGGAAGAUGAAUUGCAGCAAAAGCGGAAUGAUUUACACGCACUUUAUGGCGAACAACCAUCGAGCAAAAGCGCAAAUCACCAGCUAUAUUUGGAAUACAAUUUGGAUUCCUUUAUGGCAUCACGUCAAGUGCAUUACCAACGGCGUGUGGCCCGACUAGAGCUGGACAAGCAUAUCAGACGUCAAGUUGCCGCACAUCAAGUGGCCCGUGCAAGGGGAAAACCGUACCGAUUUUCCCCUUGGGCCCGUGAUAUAUGCAUUGGGUGACGCAAAAAUCGGUGCAAAUUCGCCGAUAAAGGGACAAUGCAGAACACCACAGAUCUUCAUAACGCAUACCAUUGAUCGAUAUUGUCGCAUAAUGGCAGUUCAUGAGCCAGGAACAUCGAUGCUCUGUAGUCGUGAUCAUGAUAUCACAGACCAACCAUUGCACCGCGAAAGACCGGAGAAUAUGAAUCCAAAGGACCGUUUCUUAGUUUGCAACAACUGCGAACCGGCCCUUAACCAUGUUCUCCCACCACCAAAUGAGUGGAUAGUGGAUAGUGGAAAUCGGAGUGCUGCCUAUUUACGACAACGGGCGGCUAAUGCUGCCGCUCAUUAAAUGAAUAUCCUCCUCGGCCGUCUCCCGUAGUUUACUCAGUCUACGAUUAAUUUACGUUGUGUCGAGAGUCAAGCGCAAUAAGGGCACACUAUAUAAACGCCAUCUAUUAAUAACCGACUAACUACAAUGUAAAUCAAACGUAUCUGUUUCCCCUUUUUAUUUACUCCCUUCCCCUCUCGCUAUACUUUUACAUUGUAGUUAGUCUGUUUUACAAAGAUGUCGUUUCUGUGUAAGAUGUGUGACGUCACAAUGUAUUUAUAUGGAUAGCGCUCGACUCUCGCGUUGUAACGCAUUCUCAACACUACUACCAAAUCUCAAAUUAAAGCAAUGUUGUUGCAAAUGUGUGACAAUGUGACAAUUAUCUUAAACUAUACAUAUUUGAUUUUCAUCAUAUGUUUCCAUUACUUCCAUUACGUUCCAUUACAUAUUGAUUAAUUUCCAUUAUUUCCAUUCUUUUCUUUGUGAUUAACCCUAGGCAAAAGUUGAAUCAAAAUAUACUUACCACAAUGCCAAAUCAGUGGUAUACAUGUGCCAUCUCUACAUUGAAAGGCUGUUGAUACACAGCUUUCUGUUAAUAAAAACCAUAAAGGAUUCAUGUAUAAUCAGUUUUUCAUAUAAAAAUUCAUUGAGAAUAAUAAAAAUUGAUUAUUAAUCUAUACAUAGUCGAAGAAAAUAAAAAACAACUUUCACAUGGCUUCCUGGACCACUUUAUCAAAUUCAUACAUUUAAAAAAAAGAGUAAUAAGUAAGAGAACGUAACACAAAGUUCUUUUUUUUGCAUUGUACAAGGUACACAUCAUUGAAUUGAAAUACAAAGGAGAUAGCAAGGCUAAUAUCAACGUAUAUAAACAACUUAGUAGACAUGUAAUGUGUCUCUAUUGUAAUUGAGCAAUUGGACUUUCAAUUGAAAUGAAUUGAAUUGUGGCGAAAAGAUUAAUACUUUUAAAACUCCCCAUUUUGUGUGCAUCACUUCUAUACUUGAAAACAUAUUGUAUCAUUUCAUUGUGGUUGUGAAUACCUCAAAGAGGAUUGUGUUGUGUUUUUAGUUAUAUACGCUUUUAGUUUUAUGAAACGCUGAUGAACUUGCUUUUUUUAGAAUCAUACAUUGAUCAUCACAAAUGAUAGUGAAAAAUGUUAUAAAUACCGUGAGAGGAGAUAUCAUCUCAAUAAUGCGCACAUCAUGACCAAAAAAAAUAUACGUUUCUAUUUGUUCCAUUGGUUAAUAUCGCCGAAGUACAACUUACAAAAUAUGCCAUCUGAUCAGAACUCAUCCACAAAACAUAUCUUGCAAGCAAACUUUUUCUAGUUUUCUAGUUUUGGUGGAUGAACCCCUUGUUUCGAAUUGAAAGAAUUGAAUCUAAUACUGCUUCGCCCCUUGUUGCAAGCUAAUUUAAUUCACGAUUUUUUUUUUAAUACCAACGGGUUUUUUCAGUGUUCAAAAGUCGACUAAAAGUUGUUAUUCUUAAUUCAAUUUAAAGUUGCUAUUCUUUAUGAUCAUAUCAUAUAAAUGAUGUCGGUAAUAAAAUCUGUAUUGUGUGAUGAUGAUAUUUUUUGGUCAUUCAUGUUGCUGCAUAUAAUGUAUCAAACAAAUGUAUUUAUGAGAUCUCGUAAAGAUUAAAUCUUUUUAAGAAAUCUGUUAUAUUAUAUAUUUCAAUGGAUGGAAUAUUUUCAAUGAAUACACUCAAAUGUGAUGGGGCCCACAAGCCCAUUUAAAUUGUUCCUUUAUUGAUUACUUCCGUUGUGUGUUACUACUUUAAAUUCAUUUUCGACUUUUCUUUUAAAUUGAUGUGAGUACACUUUCUUUUGGUUAAAUUUCAUAAAUCUGAAGAUUUUUUUUACGAUAAUAGGAUAGAAAGAAUCCAUUGAGAAGAAUUAUUUUUGUAUUUGAAAGAUUUUCCAUUUAUAUUUAGAAGAUUAAAAUAAAACACCCGGAAAAGAAAACAAAAUUCAUCAAGAAUAAUUGCUUACUCACCACUACUAUUGCUGUUUUCGGUUAUAUCACGCAAAUAGAUAUGUUCUAUUGAUCUGUUUUCGUGUGUAUUGGUUGGGCCCAUGAAAGGGAUUGUUCUUGAAUUGAUCGGUGACCAUGUUGAUGACCACACAUUAUCGGCCACAACACAAUUUCCAAUCGUUAAUAAAUAUUGUAAUAUUAUGAUCACAACGAACUCAAAAUAAUUCCAUCGUCGAUUUGGACGUAAUGUUGUUUGUGCGAAAUUAAAAAAAUUGCCAUUUGAAAACCAUUUGUUGCCCAUUAUUCUUGUUUGGAUGCACUUACACACUAACUUUUUUGUUUUGUUUUUGUUUUAUUUAAUAUGAAUGAAUAACUUGCGUAGCUGUACGUACACUGAUAACUAA